AUGAGGAAAAUAGUUAUAGAAACACCCAUAACUGAAUUCCUUGACGAAAGACUCAUCUUCUACCAAAUUAAAGUAUAUAGGGAUGAUGAGUUUGAAAAUGUUAGUUCCAUCGAUUCGAAAAGAUUCGGGAAGGCUAAAAGCGCCGUGGUUAAAGAAGGAGGAAAUUCUGUAAUCUUGAAACGGAUUGACAUCGAAAAUAUUGAUAUUCGCAAUUACGUUCAAGAGAUUAAAUUAAUAAAGGAAGCUGGUUCGAAUAACUCCAUAUUAGAAUUUUAUGGAGUUCUUAAAGAUAGAUUUGAGGAUGAUUAUCAUCUCGUAUUUGAAUCUGUCGAUUGUAGGACUCUUGGUCAAUAUUUGCAAUUCAAUGAAUUGGAUUGGAAGCAAAAGGUUAAGAUUGCUUAUGAAAUUGCGAAUGCUUUAAAAUUCUUACACGAAAGGAACAUCAUCCAUAAAAAUUUGACGACGGGUAAUAUAUUAUAUGAUAAUGUAAACGAAACCAUUAAAUUGAUCAAUUACAGUAUAUUCGAACGGAAUUCGGCUCCUAAAAAAAACAACUUUGUAAAGAAAUUGCGUUUUUGGAAACGUGAUAGUGAAUCAUGUCGGUAUCCCAAAGAGUAUGAUAUUUAUUGUUUAGGAAGCAUUUUAUUUCAACUUACGCAAAACGUCAAAAGUACAUUUGAUGGGGAUUGGGAAAAGUACUUGAAAUAUUAUCCACCGGAAAAUGUACAGGAUAAGUACAAGCAAAUCUGUAAAGAUUGUUGCCGUAAGGUGUCGAAUGAUCGACCAAAUAUACAAGAAGUUGUUAAAAAUUUAUAUGAUGCUUUACAAAGUGUAAAUAACGUGUCAAGUUCACAGAGAAUGCAAAGUACACUUAGCGUACAUAGUAUACAUCGUUCUAAUACGACGAGAAAUAAACCUAGAUUCAUCGGUUCUAUUAGAAAGAAAAAUAAAUCCUCGUUAAAUCACGAAGGUCCUUCACAACCACCACCUACAUUUGUUUACCAAUCAACGCAUCAGGAAACUCAAAAUAUUAAUGCACCACCCUCAAAAAAAUCAGAUGCCAUUCCUCAACCAAUCUCAUACCUUACACCUGAACCCGAUAUCGUCAUUCCCCAAUCGACCUCUUAUACAUAUACUUCACCUCAUAAUCCGAUUAAACCACCUCCUACAUAUCCAAGAAACUUACCAGCUAUUUCAUCUCCUUUAAUAACUCAAGAUUUCAUUACUGAAAUGUAUAAUGAAUUUUAUGAUAAAGUAGCCAAUUGUAAGAUGGAACUUUCCAACCUAAAUGAUGCUUACAUAUUAGAUUAUAUAAACAAAGCAGGUCAGAGUGAAAGUAAAAUAUUAGAAUAUAUUGAUGCAAAACAAUCCUUUACGAUCAACAAGGUACUAUUAGCGUUAUUUCAUCAACUCGGCAUUGGAACUCCUGUAAAUUCACGAAAAGCAUUUGAAUUGUAUAAAGAAGCGUCAUCAAAGGAUACGUUUGCGGCUUAUGUGGCAGGGGAAUGUUCACUUUGUGGUCAAGGAAUCUCCAAAAACAUGACGGAAGCUUAUAAAUUUUAUGAGAAAUCUGCCCAAGGUGGAUUUGCACCAGCUUAUAAGAAGAUAGGAUUAUGUAAUGAUAUGGGAAUGGGUGUGGCAGUUGAUAAGGAAAAAGCUUUUUAUUGGAUUGAAAAAUCCGCAGUAGCGGGUGAUAAUUAUGGUUAUUAUACUUUAGGAAGGUUUUAUGAGAUUGGGAACGGAUGUGAAAAGGAUGAAAGUAAGGGAUUUUCUUGGUACAUAAAAGCAGCAGAUCAUGGAAUUACAGCUGCAUUGCAUAAAGUGGGAACCUGUUAUAAAUAUGGAAUAGGUACUUCGGUAAAUACGUAUAAAGCAAUUGAAUACUUUAAAACAGCAGCCAUGGAAGGAUGUCAUUUUAGUCAAGUUCAGUUAGGACAAGCGUAUGAAUUAGGUUCGGAUAUUGAAAAGAAUGAUCGCGAAGCUUUUAAAUGGUUUCGAAUGGCCUCCGAUCAAAAUUAUGACAUGGCUGUUAGAGAUAUUCAAUCCAAAAUGCAACGAACCGACCUAUUUUAUUGGUAA